AUGGCUUGCUGCGUUCCCUGCUGCUGCAGCGUCCCCACCGGCCCCGCCACCACCAUCUGCUCCUCGGACAAAUGCUGCCGCUGCGGAGUCUGCCUGCCCAGCACCUGCCCACACACGACCUGGCUGCUGGAGCCAACCUGCUGUGACAACUGCCCCCCGCCCUGCCACAUUCCUCAGCCCUGUGUGCCCACCUGCUUCCUGCUCAACUCCUGCCAGCCCACCCCAGGCCUGGAGACCAUCAACCUCACAACCUUCACUCAGCCCUGCUGCGAGCCCUGCCUCCCCAGCUGCUGA